GUUGAGUUCCAGUAACAUGCAUACGUUAAAUCUUUGCCUGCCUGCUGAAUUCUUUGUGCAGCCAUGAAUACCAAACCAAACUCAAAGUUCGUGUUCUCCGUUAUUUUAUUAUGUGCAUUUCUCGAGUCCCAUGUUUCCAUUGCAGCGGACACCAUCAAGGAAAACCACUCUCUCUCGGGCGAUCAAACCAUUGUCUCUGCAGGUGGGAUGUUUGAGCUAGGUUUCUUCAAACCAGGUCAGCUUUCAAACUACUAUAUAGGCAUAUGGUACUCCAAGCAAGUGGUAUCUGAGAGUACCGUUGUUUGGGUAGCAAAUAGGGAAAUACCAGUAUCUGAUAGAUUUUCUUCGGUGUUGAGCAUCUUAGAUGGUAAUUUAGUUCUCUUUAACGAGGCCAAAACCCUGGUUUGGUCAACAGAUUUAAACUCCGCCACCAGUUCUGGUUCGGUACAAGCAGUUCUUUUGGAUAGCGGAAACCUUGUCUUGAGAGCCGGCUCUAGUAAUAAUACAUCAGAGCCUUUAUGGCAAAGCUUUGAUCAUCCAACCCAUACUUGGCUACCAGGAGGUAGACUCGGAUUCAACAAAAUUACCGAUCAUGCCCAACUUCUCACUUCAUGGAAGAAUUUGGAGGAUCCUGCGCCAGGUCUUUACUCUCUUAAGCUAUCCCUGGAUGAAAGCAAUUCAUAUAUCUUACAGUGGAAUAGGUCUAAACAGUAUUGGACCAGCGGAUCAUGGGAUGAAAGUUCACAUAUUUUCAACCUAGUUCCUGAAAUGAGGCUAAAUUAUAUCUUCAAUUAUAGUUAUGUUACGAAUGAGAACGAAAGUUAUUUCACCUAUUCUCUUUAUGAUCCGAGAAGGGUAUCUCGAUGCUCCAUAUCUGCCUUGGGGCAGAUUCAGCAACUAACAUGGUUGGAUUCUUCCAAGCAGUGGAAUUUGUUUUGGGCUAAACCAAGACAACAGUGCGAUGUUUAUGCUGUUUGUGGCGGGUCUUUCUCCAGUUGCAAUCCCACAUCCUCAGGCAGCUGCAAAUGUUUGAAGGGCUUUAAGCCAAACCGGCAGAGGGAUUGGGACUUGCAGAUUUAUUCUGGUGGGUGUUCAAGAAAAACCAGUGUACAGUGUGGGAAUGCUACUAGUACAAAUGGGACAGGAGACGGGUUUCUAGAAAUACAUAGGCAAUUAUUACCUGAAAAUAAACAACAAUAUGGAUAUGCUCUUAGUAUCAAAAGUUGUAGAUCAAUCUGCCUGAAUGAAUGUCAUUGCACUGCUUAUGCUUAUGACAGCAUCGAUGGAUGUUCCAUAUGGCAUGGAGAUAUCUUGAAUCUGCGUGAACCUGAAGAAAAUGACGGCUAUGGAAGAACUAUAUACAUCAGAGCUGCAGCUUCCGACAUUAAGAAAAAACGUUUAAUUAAGCCGUCCCUUGUGAUUGCAAUUGUCUCAAUAUUCACAGGUUUGCCUCUUGUCAUUUUUGGCUAUUACUUAUGGAAGAAAACAUUGGGAAGGAAAAGAGAGCAUAGGAAUAGAUAUGGUGUGACUAUAAAUAAACUUGCUGCUGGAGGUGAAAGGAACGAUGCAGAACUGCCGAUCUUUGGUUUAAGAGCUAUAAUAGCUGCUACAAACAACUUCGCUGAAGCUAACAAACUCGGAGAAGGAGGAUUUGGCCCUGUCUACAAGGGAAUUUUGGCUGAAAAUCAAGAAGUAGCCAUAAAAAGGUUAUCAAAAAAGUCAGGUCAAGGACAACAGGAGUUCAUGAAUGAGUUAAAACUUAUUGCCAAGCUCCAACAUACCAAUCUCGUUAGGCUCUUGGGUUGCUGUAUUGAAGACGAGGAAAUGAUAUUGAUUUACGAGUACAUGCCCAAUCGGAGCUUAGACAAACUUUUGUUUGAUGCAUCUGAAAAAACAGAAUUAGAUUGGGGAGGACGUUUUCGAAUUAUAGAAGGCAUUGCUCAAGGAGUACUUUAUAUCCACAAGUACUCCAGAUUGAAAAUCAUCCACAGGGACCUAAAAGCAAGUAACAUACUGUUGGAUGGAGCCUUGAACCCCAAAAUUUCAGACUUUGGAAUGGCAAGGAUUUUCGGGAUAAAUCAAAUCGAAGCAAAUACAAAUAGGGUUGUUGGCACAUACGGCUACAUGUCACCGGAGUAUGCGAGAUAUGGUCAUUUCUCUGAGAAAUUAGAUGUAUUCAGCUUUGGAGUGUUGUUGUUGGAGAUUGUAAGCGGAAAGAAGAAUGCUGCUUUUUAUCGUUUUGAACAUUCACCAACUCUUGCUGGAUGGGCAUGGGAGUUGUGGAAAGACGGAAGAGGAAUGGAGGUGAUUGAUGAAUCAGUAAGGGAAACAUGCCGGCUUGAUGAAGCUUUGAAGUGUAUCCAUAUAGGGUUUUUGUGCGUUCAAGAAGCUCCAGCUGAUCGACCAACAAUGUCUUCGGUAAUUCUUAUGCUACAAGGCACCGACUCUACAUCUCUUCCACCUUUCAAAGAACCUGCGUUUUCAACACACAGAAAUUCUACUCCUGUUCGUUCUUCUCAAACGCCUACCAUAUUUUCCCACAACACGGUCACCAUAAGUUUGCCAGAAGGUCGAUAGGUUUAUACAACACUUUGAGGGUUCAAUUACACAUUACUGGAGCUCUUUGUGCGGUUUAUGGUUUUUGCCCAUCCAAACUAAACCUAUAAUAGCAGCAGAUUAAAUUUAUGUUAUCUAUUUUUCAGCUGCAAAUGUGGGUGUAACCAUACUUCAAGAUAUGUUUCCACCGCACCCCUUGGUGCAACCGUAUUUAUGUUAAUUUAAAAUGGAAUGUUGCUUGUAUCAAAAGAAUAAAGUGGAGAUUUUUUU